GUAUAAAUGAAAGUUCGUAUAUUAGACUGAUUGAGAUUUGAGAUAUGCAUACGAAUGCACAUUCGAAUAUCUGUAAGACUUAAAAUAUUCAAUUUUAGAACUGUGCAAUAUGAAUUCUUUAGAAGUGAAUGAAAACAUUUUCGGCCUGAAAAAGAUAUCAUAUUGGGAAAUAUAUGGUGUCAAACGGUUUCCAUUUCCAGGAAACCGUAAACACUCUCCAAUUCUUAGUCGGUCGUUUAGUGGACAGAUUACAAUAACUAAUGAUGCAUUUGGAAUGACGAUCCAUCAGUUCGAGAGAGAAUACAAACAAUGCUUAAAAAGACGAUUUGCCAAGGAGCAGUGGAUUUUAAACUUGCAGUAUCCUAUGAAAUCGUCACAGCAAUAUUUAGAAUAUCUGGAGAGGUGCACUUGCCAUAACGAAGGUUAUAUUACCUGCGAAUCCCUAAAUUUAAUAGAAAAACGGUUAUUUAUUUAUCUGGAAAACGCAGUUGGUACCGAAAUAGAGAUACGAAAAAGACAGCGUUUGUUUGUACUGAGGGACAAAGUCGACUGCAAAAUGAAUCCAGAAAUAACAUUUAUUACAAGUGGCAGUAUUGCUGAAGGUUUGGACUUACCAGGAAGCGAUUUAGACCAAAUGUUUCUUAUAAACGGUGUACAAAUUGUUGAUGAAAACAUUGCAGAUGUACGAUGUUUUUGUACAACAUUGGUAAUGGAGAUCACUUCUAGACUUCCAGGGUUUGUUAAAUUGAGGUUAUCACAUGUAGGUGAAGUAGAAUCGCAAAGCAUAUUCAAUAUUUUAGAUUGUAUCAAACCUACGGAUGGAGGGUUAUACUUGUCAACUAAAUUGUUUAUCAGUAAUAUUGCUGGGGUUAACUUUUCUACACACCAGGUAACAGUUCAUGGCCCAUGUAUAUCUCAGAGCAUCGAAGCUGUUGAUUUUGCAUACUGCUUGCGAAUAAGAUGUUGGCCUAAAGUUGCAAGACGUUGGAUAUAUAGACACAGACAACAGUGGCCAUGUUCUGCUGUAAGCAAUGAAAUAAUUCAGAGUGGAUGUUUAGUGGUUGCAGUAGGUCCCAAACAUGUAGAAGAAAAUGAUUUUCUCUGGCGAUUGUCUUUUUCAAUAGCUGAAAAGAAACUUCUACACUCUUUCAACUACACUCAGUUAUUAUGCUAUGGAUUACUUAAAUUAACACUCAAACGCUUUAUCAACAAAAUCGAUAUAGUUAAAGAUUUAUUGUGCUCUUACUUUAUCAAAACCUCUUUAUUCUGGUUGUCCGAGGAACUGUCUAUUGAAAUAUUUCGAAUUUCAAACUUACUCAUUUGUUUUAAUCUUUGUCUCGACAAACUCAUGAUAUGGGUAAGAGAAUGCUACUGUCCUAACUACUUUAUACCUGAACACAAUAUGUUUCUAGGGAAAGUGAAUUAUACGAACAAUAAACCUCUACUGCAAGUGCUUCAAGCUAUUAAGAAUAUUGGAAUCGAAAACGUAAAAGAAAUAUUUCUACAGGAAGAUAGAUGUACUAGUAUGUAUCCUAGACUACCGGAUACAUAUUAUUUAAAACUAGAUAUUUUGUUUUAUAAACUAGCAAAGAUAACGGCCCCGAAACACGAAUACAAUUGUUAUCUAACAUUGAACCUAAUAGAGUCUUUUUUGAAAUUUGAAACAUCGGCAUACAUAAUUGGAAUAUGUGAAAAUUUCAAGGCCACAGUAAAUCAAUAUUUGAUACAGUGGCUUCCUUUGCCUAUACCUUUCAUGUCAUCACACAAAGAAAUGUAUCAUUCAAACAAAUCACGUCACAAAUAUUUGAAAAACGGAUUGAUGUGCGAUGCAGUGUCCGGUUGGAUCUUAUAUGCUUCUUUCUAUUACAAUGAAAAGCAAUACAUCGAAUCGCUUAAAAUUGCAGAUCAUAUAUUAUCCCGCUGUAUUCCUGGUUUGCUUCGGUUACACCGUGUUGCCUAUCCAACUAAUGAAAUUAUGAAAUAUUCACAAGAAUUAAGCCAUAAAAGUGAAAUAAUAAUAUCAGAUAGGAUGAGAUUAUUUACCAUCUACAGUGUUAGAUUUUUACGUUAUUCUCCGUUAAUGCCCGACGAACUUAAGUUGGAAGUAGACAUGGCAGAUAUAUAUGUUCCUCCUCUGGUCAUGUGUAAUUGUCUACGAUUUUUGUGUUAUCAUCAUCUUGGGGACAACCACAAAAAACAACAAGCAUUGGAAGAUUUACGAAUCACUAUACUAAAAAGAAACGUGUUACCGAUGAAUCAGCUAUCUGACUCGUUAACAAUACUUGGUGUAUGUUAUAAACUUAAUGGUAAUAAAGAAGCAGCUAUACAGUGCUAUGAUGAAGCUUUUCGUUGUGAGGGAAGACUUUGCACGUCAAUAAGAAAAAGGAAAUUGCAAAUGUUAUAACUUUAGUAAAUAAUAAAAUGUUAAAAUAUAUUCAUAUUAACCAAGCAUUUACUUCUAUAUAAAGUGAAGGAAAGUCACGAAAAAACAUGAAUACAGUUACAAUGGACACCGAUAAUAAACUGUAUGAACUGGUGUGUGAACAUAAUUUUACUAACGUUUAAGUGACCGGUGUUCAAAUUACUUGUUUUUUUAAUUUACUUCUAUCUGGUGAUAGGAAUGAUAGUCUACCCGUUUAUUAGAAUAAGGAAAUGUAG